AUGAUCAUCACUCCCCAGCAGGGAGGUGAGAUCACGGAACCCAAACCUUUAUCUCAGGUUCAGUUGCUGAACGGGUCGGAUGCUGCCCCAGCUCCCACGGUCCCGACAGCAAAUGUCAACUGGAACCCCCGUGAGCAGGGGAAGUUACAGGCUGCCAUUGCCUGCGAAGCACGGCAGUUCUUCAAGGGCUGCAGGGUUCACCAUGAAAGUGAUGGACAUGCCAACUUGGAAUUGGGAAUUAUCUUCCUCAUUCAGAUUGGGCUGGGAAACUCCUCCCUCCUUUGUCUUUAUAACUUCACUUUGCUCACUGGAUAUAAGUUGAGAUCCACAGAUCAGAUUCUCAACCAACUGAUGUUAGCCAACAACUUGGCUCUUUUCUCCAGAGGGAUCCCACAGACAAUGGCAGCUUUUGGAUUGAAAUAUUUCCUGGAUGAUGUUAAGUGUAAGCUUGUCUUCUAUUUAUACAGAGUGGCCAGGAGGGUUUCUCUCAGCACUAUCUGCCUUCUGAGUGGCUUCCAGGCCAUUAAGUUUUGCCCCAGAAUCUCUUUUUGGAUGGAGUUCAGAAAUAGAUCCCCAAAAUGCACUGGCUUCUGUGGUUUUCUUUUCUGGAUCCUACAACUCUUGGUAAAUGUCUGCAUUCCUAUGAGAGUGAUUGGCCCCAGAAACAGCAAAAAUCUAAGUGUGAAAACAAAUUAUGGCUACUGCUCCUCACUCAUGCCAGACAGAUUUAUCAGCUUUUUACAGGCAGUUAUAUUAUCUUCCAUUGAUGCUAUGUGUGUGGGCUUCAUGCUAUGGACUGGUGGGUACAUGAUGUUUGUCCUGCACAGGCACAUGCAGCAAGUCCAACACAUUCACAACAGCAGACUUUCCGCCAGACCUUCCCAUGAGGCCAGAGCCACACGCACCAUCCUGAUCCUGGUGAGAUUCUUUGCUUGCUCUUGCUGUAUCUUCUACAUUUUGACUCUUUGUGUUACUCUAAGCAUGAAUCCAGGCCACUGGCUGGUGGACACCUCUCUGCUAAUAGCUUCAUGUUUCCCAACCCUCAGUCCCUUUGUGCUCAUCAGCAGUGACACCCGUGUCUCUCAGUUCUUCUUUGACUUCUGCAGCAGAAAAAAUUUUUUUCCUCAUCUAGUUCAACAGCUAUAA